AUGAGCAAAUACAAUACGUUCGAGAGAUGUGAGAGCCUCGAGCUCGAGUCCGAGGAUCGGGACUUGUCUUCUAUCUCCCCCGAGGACGGCAAAUUCGCGGCGCUUCGGGCUCUCAAAAUCACAGGUGGGAUGAAGAGCAUCAUAAUCCCACUUCUCGAACGCACAGCGUUUGAUGUGCAGCAUCUAAUCAUAGCCGGCGAACAUCAACAACUGGCAAAACGGCUCCCAAGCCUACCGCUUAGAGUAUCCAAACUCGAGCUCGACCAAUGUUCUUACGAGAUACUGUCACUCUCUUCCACUCUCCCAUCUCUUCAGUCUCUUCACGUACCGCGCCUACCUGCUCGAGCGGAGGCAUCGGCACCGAACCUGACCCACCUCAGGGUGACCGAACUCGAUUUGACGGCGCUUGCAGCGCUCUCGAUCUCGAAACAGCUGGAGUACCUAGAGAUCGACCGCUUUAGCGACAACGUCCUCACCUCGAUUCGCCUCCCCUGUCUCAAGCGCCUCCAGUUCAACGGUACUCGGACGCUCCACUGGGGACCGAUUUUUUCACCUUUGACCCAGAUCGAAGCACCUGCGCUUAUCUCGCUCCACAUUGGAUACCCAACCGGUGGCAUGGGCGGUGUACAUAACCUUCUUAAAGACACCGUUAGCCGUCCGACAUAUCAGCUAUCGCCACUCGAGCUCACACUUCAGAUGGCACUCACACCAGAGACUAUUGAAGACGUGUUGGUUCAGUCGCCUCGCGUUCGCAAGUUGUACUUGACGUUUCAUGCAGUAUACCAACCAUGGAAUGAUUUGGCAUACUCGCUCACAAAACAGACGCGUAGAGACGCGAACAAGAGCUUCGAGCUGUGCCCGAACCUUGAAGUUUUGGAGAUUGAACUCGGGUGGCUACCGGGGAACGAAGAAGAGAGGCAGGAAUGGGCCGCAUAUGCUCAACGUAUCAUGGAUAGUCGUCGGCGUGAUGAUAUGAGGGCGGUCACAAUCAUUUUGAAGAAUGGCAGCACCGUAGUGGCCAAAUAG